CCUUCCUUCCCAGGGCGAAGCCGAGCGAGGAAGCGGCGGCAGCAGCAGCAGCAGCGGGCAAAGCCAGGAGCAGGAGGAGGAGGAGGAGGAGGAAGAUUAGGAACCCCCCCCAAAGGGAACCAUCCAGACUGAACCCCCCCUUCACUCUUGCAGCAGCAGCAGCAGCAGGAUCAAAGGUGGCCCAGAACACUUAACAUACAAGGUGGAAGAGGAGGCACAGCUAGAAACAGGCACUCUGGUCAGCUCCUGCUUCCUUCUGUCAAAGUUCACGGAUCAAGCCCUGGAACCGUUUGUAAGUUAAGUCCCGGAAGGGAAAGUCUGCAGCCUCUGCCUCCCCCUCUGCUCCACAUUGCCCGCCAUGCCAUCCAGUGGGCCCGUCGACACCACCAGUAGCUCCUCUGCAGACCGAGAGGGCACCGAUGCCCGCAAGCAGGGCGAAGAGGAAGCCGAUGAGAACCGAAACAAAGACGAGAAGCCAGAUCCGGGGAUACCGGUGAGGAAGGCCGGGCGGCCUGGCAGGAAACGCAAACAGCCAGUGGCGGAAAGCAGCGAAACGCCCAAAGACACAGCCUCAGCACCCAAGUGCCCCCCGGGGCCUGCCCACAACAGCACCAGCCCCAUGGAGCAAGUUCCCAACGGAGAUGUGGAGAUGGGCAGCCCAGAGAACUCCACUACCGCCGAGCCGAAGGGACGGCUGCGGAGCGAGAGCGAGCCCGGCACCCUUCUGGACAGGGAGACGGGUCGGGCCCUGGAGAACGGGCGCUGCACCCCCAAGGACAGCCCUGAACCUCCCGCCAGCGAAGGCAAAGAGGAAAAGGAGGAGAACCAUUACAACUCUUUGAAAAUGGAGGGAUCCCGCGGACGCCUGCGUGGCGGUCUGGGCUGCGAGUCGAGCCUUCGCCCCCGGCCGAUGCCCCGCCUGACCUUCCAGGCCGGGGACCCCUACUACAUCAGCAAGCGGAAGCGGGACGAGUGGCUGGCCCGGUGGAAGAGGGAGACUGAUAACCCAGCGGCAGCUCAGCUUGACAAGGCUGAAAAGAAAGCUAAGGUCAUUGCUGGGAUGAACGCAGUGGAGGAGACCCCCCAGAGCGAGCCCCAGAAGGAGGAGGAGGCCAGCCCUCCGGCCUCCCAGCAGCCCACUGACCCGGCUUCCCCCAAUGUGGCCACCACACCGGAACCUGUGGGACCUGAUGCUGCCGACAAGGGCAUGUCCAAAUCAGCUGAUGAUGAGCCAGAAUACGAGGAUGGCCGGGGGUUUGGCAUCGGAGAGCUGGUCUGGGGGAAGCUGCGUGGAUUCUCCUGGUGGCCGGGCCGCAUCGUUUCCUGGUGGAUGACUGGCAGGAGCCGGGCGGCCGAAGGCACCCGCUGGGUCAUGUGGUUUGGGGAUGGCAAGUUCUCUGUGGUCUGUGUGGAGAAGCUGCUCCCGCUCAGCUCCUUCUCUAGCGCCUUCCAUCAGGCCACGUACAACAAGCAGCCCAUGUAUCGGAAAGCCAUCUAUGAGGUGCUGCAGGUGGCUAGUAGCAGGUCAGGCAAGAUCUUCCCCUCCUGUCCAGAGAACGACGAAACAGACACAUCCAAAGUGGUGGAGAUCCAGAACAAGCAGAUGAUUGAAUGGGCCCUGGGGGGUUUCCAGCCAUCGGGUCCAAAGGGCCUGGAGCCUCCAGAAGAGGAGCGCAACCCCUACAAAGAAGUUUACACUGAGAUGUGGGUGGAGCCUGAAGCUGCCGCUUAUGCCCCUCCCCCGCCCGCCAAAAAACCAAGGAAAAGCACAGCGGAGAAGCCCAAGGUCAAGGAGAUCAUAGAUGAGCGCACCAGAGAACGCCUUGUUUAUGAGGUUCGACAGAAGUGCAGGAACAUCGAAGAUAUCUGCAUUUCCUGUGGGAGUCUCAAUGUCACCCUGGAACACCCUCUCUUCAUUGGAGGAAUGUGCCAAAACUGCAAGAACUGCUUUUUGGAGUGCGCUUACCAGUAUGAUGAUGAUGGCUACCAGUCCUACUGCACCAUCUGCUGUGGCGGCCGUGAAGUCCUCAUGUGUGGGAACAACAACUGUUGCCGGUGCUUCUGUGUGGAAUGUGUAGACUUGCUGGUGGGUCCUGGGGCUGCUCAGGCAGCCAUCAAGGAAGAUCCCUGGAACUGCUACAUGUGUGGACACAAGGGCAUCUAUGGCCUGCUCCGGCGGCGGGAAGAUUGGCCCUCACGCCUUCAGAUGUUUUUCGCCAACAACCACGACCAAGAGUUUGACCCACCAAAGGUUUACCCACCAGUCCCAGCUGAAAAGAGGAAGCCCAUCCGAGUGCUCUCCCUUUUUGACGGCAUUGCCACAGGCCUGCUGGUGUUGAAGGACCUGGGUAUCCAGGUGGAUCGGUACAUUGCUUCCGAGGUGUGCGAAGACUCCAUCACAGUUGGAAUGGUCCGGCACCAGGGAAAGAUCAUGUAUGUUGGGGAUGUCCGCAACGUCACCCAGAAGCACAUACAAGAGUGGGGGCCCUUUGACCUGGUGAUUGGAGGCAGCCCCUGCAAUGACCUCUCCAUUGUCAAUCCUGCCAGGAAGGGUCUUUACGAGGGCACUGGACGGCUCUUCUUUGAGUUCUAUCGCCUUCUGCAUGAGGCACGGCCCAAGGAGGGGGAUGACCGGCCCUUCUUCUGGCUCUUUGAAAACGUGGUGGCCAUGGGCGUCAGUGACAAAAGAGACAUCUCUCGCUUCCUAGAGUCCAACCCCGUGAUGAUCGAUGCCAAAGAGGUCUCCGCAGCACACAGAGCCCGGUAUUUUUGGGGAAACCUGCCUGGCAUGAACAGGCCAUUGGCUUCAACUGUGAAUGAUAAGUUGGAACUGCAAGAGUGUCUGGAACAUGGCAGGAUAGCCAAGGGUCUUUGGCUUCCCCGUCCACUACACAGAUGUGUCCAACAUGAGCCGCCUGGCAAGGCAGAGACUGCUCGGUCGCUCUUGGAGCGUUCCUGUGAUCCGCCACCUCUUCGCCCCACUGAAGGAGUACUUUGCCUGCGUUUAAAGAGGCGCACUCAUAGAACUGGCAAAGCGGAGGAGGAGGGAGAAGAGUCUCAAACACAACCACCCCCAGGAACCGAAGCGAAGUGGCCCCAGAAUGGAGGAGGUGGCUGGUGGGCGAGAGGGAGGGAGGGAGAGGACGCCCUGCGGGUGGGUGCCGGCCCCCGCUGCCCGGGUCUUCACCCAUCCACUCCCCAGUUCAAACCACCCUCAAUCAAACCAACCAGUCCCGCUCUUGUUGGUCACAACCUUUUAAUUUCCUGCUCUUUCUGGAUGGGUUUGUCUGUUAGUUUGGUUUCCGCCUCUCCUCGGCCGGGUCCCAGCAGAUUGCGGGCACGACCGCAGGCACCACCGACUGCAACAGGAAAUCCCAGCCCAGCCCAAAGCUGAGCGGGCCUUGGGGCGACAUCGCCCCUGCUCAGUUUAGGAGCACAAAGCGGGGUACGCCGGGGCCCCUUUGCAUCUACCAGCGCCGUUCUGGGGGUGAGCGCAAGCUGGGAAAGCCGCAAGCCCCGCCAAGCCCCUUUCCCAGUUCCCCUCAUGCCCCCCCCCACCGGACACACAUGCAAACACAAACACAGAGUUUUCUAUAGUAUUUGGGUGCCUACCACACAGAAGACCUUGAUAAAAGCCCAGCUCCUACAGCCGCUCUUACCUCUUGUUUACAGUUUAUAUAUAUGUGAGAGUUAUGCUAAAGAAAUGUCUAUAUAUAAAAGGUACUGUUACUACUGUA